UCGUCUUUCUCGCUGUUCUCGUUUCCAGAAUUCCAGAGAUCGAUCGAUCGAGAACGAGAGAGAGAGAGAGAGAGAGAGAGAGGGAUUCAAUGGCGGUAGUGUAUGCGCUGGUGGCUCGGGGAACGGUGGUGUUGGCGGAGUUCAGCUCGACGGGGAGCAAUGCGAGCGCAAUCGCGAGGCAAAUCCUGGAGAAAAUCCCUGGGGCUGAUGAUAGCCAUGUAUCCUACUCGCAAGAUCGGUACGUGUUUCAUGUUAAGAGAACCGAUGGGAUCACCGUCCUCUGCAUGGCCGAUGACUCCGCUGGCAGGAGGAUUCCUUUUGCCUUUCUGGAGGACAUUCAUGGGAGAUUUGUGAAGACAUAUGGCCGUGCCUGUCACACAGCCCUUGCUUAUGCGAUGAAUGAUGAAUUCUCAAGGGUCUUAAGUCAACAAAUGGACUUCUAUUCUAGUGAUCCUAAUGCAGAUAGGAUUAAUCGCAUCAAAGGCGAAAUGAGUCAGGUACGCAAUGUUAUGAUAGAAAACAUAGACAAGGUUCUGGAAAGGGGUGACAGAUUGGAAUUACUAGUAGAUAAAACCGCAAAUAUGCAAGCAAAUACAUUUCGCUUCAGAAGACAAACUCGUCGUUUUAAUAACACUGUUUGGUGGCGCAAUGUUAAACUUAGGGCAACUCUGAUUCUCGUCGUCUUGAUUGUAAUCUACGUCGUACUUGCAUUCAUCUGCGAAGGGGUCACCCUGCCAUCAUGUAUCAGGUAAAAUACAGCUUUCAAUUUUCAAUGUCUUUAAUAUGAGUCACCAGUUCUCAUAUAUUAUUUGUGAAUGUGAGAAAACAUCAGAACUAUGCUAUUUGCAUUAUUUGCUGUAAUACUUGUUUCGAGCAAAUUAUUUCUGAAAUGUGAUAUCAUUUUUUUUUUUUC